UAUUCUCUUUAAAGUUUAAUGGUAACACCAUUUGUGUAAGAGAUUUCAUAAUUCCUGCUGUUUGGCGAGAGAAACGCGAAUAAAACCUUAUUUAGCAGCGAUUAUAAUGUCGGCGUCGGGGCAGGGACCUAAGAUAAAGUACGGGGAAAGCGCUCCGAAGCUGGACAAGGCGCAGCUGCAGUUCAUGAAGCUAAUUGAGGAGCAGAACUUGGACCGCGUGCAAAAGUUGAAGCGCGUUCGCCGCAACAAUCUCCUGACCGCCGGCGCCUUGGGUGUCUCAGUUUUGGCUAUCUACGGCUACUCGAUCUUCUCAGUGCAGCAGGAGAAGUUCCUGGACGAUUUCGAGGAGCCGAAGAAGGUGUCUUCUUAG